CAUGAACUGAAAUUAUCUGGAAAUUUGGAGUUGCAUAUUCUCUGUGCACAUCUUAUUAUCUGUUCCCAUUUCCCAGUCUGAGGAUUGAGCAUGCCACCUACAGCAGCAACCAAUCUAGGCUACAAACCACCAGAUGGAGGCUGGGGAUGGGUUGUCGUCUUUGCCUCUUUCAUCUCCAUAGGAUUCUCUUAUGCCUUUCCCAAGUCCCUCACCAUCUAUUUCAAGGAAAUUCAGGAAUAUUUUUCAGUUUCUUACAGUGAGAUUGCCUGGCUGUCUUCAGUCAUGUUGGCCUCUAUGUAUGCAGGAGGUCCUAUCAGCAGUAUGUUGGUAAACAGGUAUGGCAGCAGACCUGUGGUCAUGGUGGGUGGACUUCUGGUGUGCACCGGUAUGGCCCUCGCCUCUUUGGGAACCACUAUAAUUCAUCUGUAUCUCUGUGUCGGAGUAAUUGGAGGUUUUGGUCUUGCCUUCAACCUACAGCCAGCACUGACAAUCAUUGGCACUUACUUUCAGGUCAAAAGGCCGCUCGCAAAUGGACUGGCUAUGACAGGAAGCCCAGUUGUUCUCUCCACUCUAGCCCCUCUCAAUCAGUUCCUCUUUGAUUCCUUCGGUUGGAGAGGAAGUUUCCUGAUUUUGGGGUCCAUUGUUCUGAACUGCUGUGUGGCUGGUGCUCUGAUGAGGCCGGUUAUUAAACCAGCACAAUUUCAGCCUGAUAAUGACUCAUCAAUGAGCAGCAGGAAAGGCUCUGUAGAAGCUGCUGCUGAGAAUGUUGGCUCACAGUCAGCUGAAAACAGUAAAAACAGGAGCACAGGUCAGAGUUUUGUUUCUAGGUAUAUAGACAUCUCCCUCUUCACACACAGAGGCUUUCUUAUUUAUCUUAUUGGUAAUGUUGUCAUGUUUUUUGGAUUUUUUGCGCCUGUUGUUUUUCUGGCUCCCUAUGCUAAACAUCAAGGGACCGAUGAAUAUUCAGCAGCUUUACUACUUUCCAUUUUCGCUUUGGUAGACAUGUUUAUCAGACCAGUCACUGGGUUCUUGGGCAACAGCAAGUGGGUUAGACCAAGAAUACAGUAUUUUUUCAGUUUUGCAGUUUCAUACAAUGGUGUGUGUCACCUACUAUGUCCGCUUGCAUCUGGAUAUGGGGGUCUAGUUGUGUAUGCAGUUUUUUUCGGGCUGGCAUUUGGUAUGCUCUCUGCACUCCUUUUUGAAGUUCUGAUGGACCUUGUUGGAGCUCAUCGCUUCUCAAGUGCAGUUGGACUCGUCACCAUUAUUGAGUGUGGACCAGUGCUUCUUGGACCCCCCAUUUCGGGGGCUCUUGUUGACAUUUUUGGGGACUACAAAUAUAUGUACUAUGCAUGUGGUGUUUUUAUGCUGGUUCCGGGGAUUUUUUUCUUCAUCAUGCAUUACUACAAUUAUAAGAAGCUCAAUGAGGAGCAAAGACAGAGUGUGGUAGUGGACUUAAUGACGUCUGAGGAGACAGUGGAGCUUAAAAUAAGCCAGAUUAAGAAACCAUGCAAUAAAACAGAAGAUGGAAGUUUUUGAUUGAAGUUUCAGUUUUGAAACUUGACCUUCCAGACUGAUUUAUACAGUCUGUCUAUUUGUAUGAAAAAUAAUC